AUGGGUGACAGAAGGAAAUCGAAACGGAUUCGCUCCAAAGCGUCGAGUGAGACGAAGUUGAAAGAAGAUAAACUAAGCGAAUUACCUGAUCCUCUGAUAUGUCAGAUACUUUGUCAUCUUCCCACAAAGGAAGCCGUGAGAACAAGCGUUAUAUCCACCAGAUGGAAGACUCUCUGGCUCUGGAUCCCUCAACUAAAACUGAAAACACGAGAGUUCCCAGAUUUAGACGCCUUCUUGAGUUUCGGCAACAGGUUUUUCGAUCCCACUAGGGCUUCUUGCUUAGACAAACUCAAGUUAAUUAUUCAUGAUGAUUAUGAAGAAGAAGGUGUAGAUGUUGCCUCUUGUCUCACAUCAUGGAUUAAUGCUGCAGUCAAGCGUAAGAUCCAACAUCUAGAUAUAUUCUAUGAGAUACCCACAAGCCUUUACAACUGUGAGACACUGGUGCUCUUAAAGCUCUUCUGGAUGGCCUUGCCCGAUGCAGAGUUUGUUUUCUUACCUUGUCUGAAGACUAUGCACUUACAACAUCUUCGGCUGCUUCCUAAUGAGGCCACUUUUGAGAGACUUAUCUCAUCAUGCCCAGUCCUGGAGGAGUUAAGAAUUGAGGGAGAUGUUAUGUCUGAUGCAAUAGCCCUCCGGGUGAGCUCUAGGUCAUUGAAGAGGCUCACUAUAAUGACACCCAUGUCUGACGAACUUGGUGGUACAAGAGUUGUGAUUGAUGCUCCUCGGCUUUGCUUUUUAACCAUCUACGCUAAUUUAUCAGAAAGCUUGAUAAUAGCUGAUAUGGAUUCACUUGUCAAGUUAACUCUUUGCCUCGGCUGGUUUGGUGGUGGUUUGCCACCAGCGAUAAGUUGGUUUCGCAGUUUCCUCCCUAGGGUUUUGAAGGUCAGGGAUAUGACAAUGUCGUCGGAAACAUUUGAGCUCUUCUAUCACUACUCGAAAUCUGAACGGCUGCCUCAGUUUGGUUACAUGUCCCGUCUGCAUCUCACUCUCUACGUAAACCAAUUGGAGUGGUUACCAACCGUUCUUGAGAGCUGCCCAAACUUGAAAUCUCUUGCUCAGGAAUGCACUGAUGCCUAUAAUUAUAAUGAAGCUAAUGAAAUCUGCCUCUCAUAUGUGCCCGAGUGUUUGCUAUCAUCUCUCGAGUUUGUUGAUAUCCAAGAUCCGAGCUAG